AUGGCCUCCAAGUCCUCCAGCCUCCGCCGCCGGCCGGCCUUGACCCCUCCACCCCGCACCCGCACCCGCACCCGCGCACCCGACUGGAGGGACUGGGCGGGCAGACACAAGACCAAGGCGAAGCAGAUCGCGGGGCACGCGCUGGCGAACGACGUCGCGGACUACCUUCAGUUCCGCGCGGCAUGCGCGGCGUGGAGGGAAAACACCGAUGAGGAUGGCCCCAAGAAGCACAGCGUGCUCGACCAGCGCUUCCACCCGCGCCGCUGGAUCCUGCUGCCGAACGGGAGCAGCACCUAUGUCGCCGACGACGACAGCCGUGAUCGGCACAGCAUGGUGAACCUGUCCCGCGGGACCAAGAUCGCCGUGGACCUACCUCUCCUCCAGGGCCACACCGUUGCCAUCGGGUGCGGCGGCUCCCCCGGCGGCGUCCUCGUGCUCGUGCACGCGGAGACCCUCGUCGUGCGGCUUCUGAACCCGCUCACCGGGCAGCGCGUCGACCUCGCUUCCGUCGCUCCCGUGCUGAGCGGCCAGCGCAUGGGAUACCGCGACAAGGACUUCUCGCGCAGGUGCAAAGUGCUAGGAGCCGGGUUCGCGGGCGACUCCACGGUGGUGCUCCAUUUCGGGUGGGACAACAAGCUCGUCUCCUUCAAGAUCGGCGGCGGCGAUCACUGGGAGAUUAUCAGCGAAGGCGAUAUUUACUGCUCGGCCUUCCCGUUCCGCGGCAAGGUCUACUUCGCCGACAAGGGGAGGGAAGGGCUCAUGGUCGUGGACGCCGAGGCCACACCACCCAAUCUGGUGCUAGCUGCAAGAUGGCCGACGAAGCGGCUCAAGUUCUGGUUCGCGUACAUGGCCGACAGCUCCGGCGUGCUUCUGGUGCUGACCAACAAGGUCAAUUACCAGGGGGGACAGGGGCAGGACGAUGAUUACACGGUAAAGUUCGACUUAUUCCUGCUGGACGCGGACGCCGGGAAGCUGAUCCGGGUGAAGGACCUCGGCCAGCGCGCCAUGUUCGUCGGUGAUUACUCCGGCGCGUUCGUCGUGUCUGCCGAAGGUAACGUCGUCCCCAACGCCAUAUACUUCCAUCACGACCUGCACCAGAAACUUUUAGUGCGUGGUCUGUCUGAUGGAAGAACCAGGCCAAUGACUGAAGCCAGGGCGGCUUCAUCGACGAUCUGA